UGGUUGGCGCAUCUACAGCCGAGACGCGACAACUUGUGCGUGGUCUGGCAAAAGCUGCGCGCCCUUGGGUGCCUCUGCCGCCGCACCACCACCGCCACCCACGACCCACCCUAGUCACCUCUCACUCGACUUCCUCUUUCGUUACACCUCUCGCCUUUUCUCAUCCCAGUUGGCUUUGGAAUUGUUGCAGAGAAACUAAGUUUUGCUGAAAGCUCUCCUGUAACCUAGAGAAGCUUGAGAUACUAUUGGUUUGGAUAGCUGAUCAAUAAAUUCUUCACACAUUGGAAAAUCCCCAGAUUGGUUGUUCUCGCCAUGCCAGUUGUGCAGAAACUAUAUAAUGCUUGCAAAGAAUCCUUCUCUGUUGAUGGUCCCUUAUCAGAGGAGGCUCUUGGAAAAGUUCGUUCUAUUCUAGAUGAUAUGAAGCCUUCUAAUGUGGGUCUCGAACAGGAGGCACAGCUGGCACGUGGAUGGAAGGGUUCCAUGCAUGGUGCCAAUGGGAAAAAAGUGCGUAAUGGCAGUCAUCAGUACCCGCCUCCAAUCAAAUAUCUGCACUUACAUGAAUGUGACAGAUUCUCUAUAGGAAUAUUCUGCAUGCCACCUUCCUCUAUCAUACCCCUCCAUAAUCAUCCUGGAAUGACAGUGUUGAGCAAGCUUCUGUAUGGUACACUACAUGUGAAAUCAUAUGAUUGGCUUGAUUUACCUGGGACUGCUGAUCUAUCUCAAGCAAGACCUGCAAAACUAGUGAGGGAUUGUGAAAUGUCUGCACCGUGUGGUACAACAAUUCUUUAUCCAACAAGUGGUGGUAACAUCCAUUGUUUCAAAGCUAUAACUCCUUGUGCUCUUUUUGAUAUUCUCUCACCCCCUUACUCUUCGGAAGAUGGGAGGCACUGCUCCUAUUUCCGAAAGUCUCCUAGGAAAGAUCUACCUGGUAUUGAUCAACUUUGUGGAAUAAAGCCCUCAGAAGUGGUUUGGUUAGAGGAGAUUCAACCUCCUGAAAAUGUUGUGGUCCUGAGGGGACAGUACAAGGGCCCCAUUAUUAGAACUUGAGGAUUUUCUGGCUGGAUGUACCAUAACAAUGGUCAGAUUGGCUUCACAUUUUGGCUGCAGCUGCCUUGGUAAUAAUGUCUGUUAUUAACUGUGCUAGGCAUUUGGCUUUGUACAUAUUUAUAUAUAUUGAUGAGAUUUUUUUAUUUACUGAUUCCCUUUGCAUAUCAAAUGGCAAUUGAAAUAACCUUUGCCCUUUAAUAUCCAUGAUAGGGUUCAAUGUUA